GCACGGCACGGCACGGCACGGCACGGCACGGCUCCCCCAGCCCCGCUCCCCUGCCCGCACCCACCUCCCCGUCGGGCCGCUCGGCCGCCGCCAUGUCCGCGCGGUCCCGCCCCGGAACUGCGGCUCCCCCGGAACAACGGGGCGGGGCCGCGGCCGCCAUCGCCGCCGCCAUCGCCGCCAUGCAGAGAGAGGAGAAGCAGCUGGAGCUGACCCUGGAGGCACUCAUCAGUCAGGUGGCUGACCUGAAGAACUCCUUGGUCAGUUUUAUCUACAAGCUGGAGAACGAGUAUGAUCGACUCACAUGGCCUUCAGUUCUGGACAGCUUUGCAUUGCUCUCAGGACAGCUGAACACCUUGAAUAAAGUGCUAAAGAACGAGAAGACGCCGCUGCUGCGAAACCAGGUGAUCAUCCCCCUAGUGCUGUCUCCAGACCGCGAUGAGGAGAUCAUGCGGCAGACAGAGGGGCGUGUGCCGGUGUUCAGCCAUGAAGUGGUGCCCGACCACCUUCGAACUAAGCCCGACCCUGAGGUGGAGGAGCAGGAGAAGCAGCUGAUCACAGAUGCAGCUCGAAUCAGCCCUGAUGCAGCACAGAAACAGAUCCAAAGUCUGAACAAAAUGUGCUCAAAUUUGCUGGAAAAAAUCAGUAAGGAGGAGCGUGAAUCUGAAAGUGGAGGUUUACGACAGAACAAGCAGACCUUCAACCCUGCAGAUACCAAUGCACUGGUAGCAGCUGUGGCCUUUGGGAAAGGGCUGUCAAACCGGAGACCCCCAGGCUCUGGGGCAUCUGUCCAGUCGGGCCAGCCAGGAGCUGGUGCCAUCAUUGCAGGUGCUUCAGGCAUGCAGCAGGUCCCAAUGACAGGUGCACCAGCUCAGCAGCAGCCAAUGCUGGCAGGAGUGCAGAUGGCACCAGCAGGGCAGCCAGGAAAAAUGCCGAGUGGCAUAAAAACAAAUAUAAAAUCUGCCUCAAUGCAUCCGUAUCAGAGAUGAGCUGAGAUGAACCAGACCUGGGGAACAGCAACAUUUGUUACUGCUGCAGGCACCCCACCUGGAUUCCUUCUAGGACUUCCAAGUCCCUUCACAAAUCCACACACCAUAUUUGGGAAGACAGGGCUUAUAAGGCCCUUCCCUGGAUUUUAUUUAGUGCUGGGUGGCUUGUGUGGAGCUGCUGCUGGCCAUGUCUCCUGGACACAAGUACUUCUCUGUUCAGCCAGAGCAGAGGACUUUGCUUCUGGUAUUGAUGCCAUCUUCUCCAGGUCUGGCCUGGAGGAGAGCUACCCUUUCCUGAUAGAGAACCUGAAAAGCUGCACAGAGCUCCUUGUUUCUGCUCGUUUACUUGGUAUGUUCUUUCUUUACUCCGUCUUGUUUAAUAAAGACCUUGUUAUGCUCACUGUGA